AUGUGCGGGCGAGGUCUAGAGACCUGGUGGAGGCGUGGGGGCGCUUUGGCCGCGCGCCGCACUGAGGGGAGCGAGCCCGGCCGGGCGAUGGAGGGGCCGCCAGGUGAAGAGGUCUGGAGAUGUCUGGGCUGUGGGGACAGCAUUCCAGCUGGUCAACGACUGUACAGGACUGUUAAUGAAGCGUGGCACAGCUCUUGCUUCCGGUGCUCUGAAUGUCAGGACCCGCUCACUAACUGGUACUAUGAAAAGGAUGGGAAGCUCUAUUGUCACAAAGACUACUGGGGGAAAUUUGGGGAAUCUUGCCAUGGCUGCUCUUUGCUGAUGACUGGACCUGUGAUGGUGGCUGGAGAAUACAAGUACCAUCCUGAAUGCUUUGCUUGUAUGAGUUGCAAAGUAAUCAUUGAAGAUGGAGACACGUAUGCGCUAGUACAACACUCCACACUCUACUGUGGAAAAUGCCAUAACCAGAUUGUGCUGACGCCAAUGAUAGAAACUCUCUCCACGGAAUCUCUGCGUGAACAGCUACCAUACACACUGACCCUCAUCUCUAUGCCUGCAGCCACUGAUGGCAAGAGAGGGAUCUCUGUGGCUGUCGAAGGUGGCUGCUCCAGCUACGCCACCAGUGUCCAGGUGAAAGAAGUCAACAGAAGACAUAUUAGCCCAGAUGUCCAAAAUGCCAUCCACUCUGGAGACCGGAUCCUGGAAAUCAAUGGAGUCCCUAUUCGCACAUUACAAGUGGAGGAAGUGGAGGACCUGAUUCGCAGGACAAGCCAGACACUUCAGCUGCUCAUAGAACAUGACCCUGUCUCUCAGCGACUGGACAGACUGCGUCUGGACUCCAGGCUCCCCACCCAUGUAAACACCACCACCACCUCACGCUCCAUUUCCUCAUUGGACAUUAAGGGGAAUCUGGAAGGAACACUGAACCGGCGCUCCCUCAGGCGAAGUAACAGUAUUUCCAAGUCUCCUGGACCCAGCUCCCCAAAGGAACCGCUCAUUCUGAGCCGUGACAUCAGUCGCUCUGAAUCUCUGCGCUCCUCCUCCAGCUAUUCCCAGCAGAUCUUCCGGCCCUGUGAUCUGACACAUGGUGAAGUACUCGGGAAAGGAUUCUUUGGACAAGCUAUCAAGGUAACGCACAAAGCAACAGGGAAGGUGAUGGUGAUGAAGGAGCUGAUUCGCUGUGAUGAGGAAACACAGAAGACUUUCUUGACAGAGGUGAAAGUGAUGCGCAGUUUGGAUCACCCCAAUGUGCUGAAGUUCAUUGGUGUACUGUACAAGGACAAGAAGCUGAACCUUCUCACGGAGUACAUUGAAGGGGGGACUCUAAAGGACUUCCUCCGCAAUGCGGACCCUUUUCCUUGGCAGCAGAAGGUCAGCUUUGCCAAAGGAGUUGCUUCAGGAAUGGCCUAUUUGCACUCCAUGUGUAUCAUCCACAGAGACCUGAAUUCGCAUAACUGUCUGAUCAAAUUGGAUAACACUGUGGUGGUUGCCGAUUUUGGACUGUCUCGGCUGAUUGUGGAAGAGAGAAAGAAACCCACCCUGGAAAAGCCAUCUGUCAAGAAGCGAACUCUACGCAAGAGCGAUAGGAAGAAGCGCUAUACUGUGGUCGGGAACCCGUACUGGAUGGCGCCCGAGAUGUUAAAUGGGCAGAGUUAUGACGAGACUGUGGACAUCUUCUCGUUUGGGAUUGUUCUCUGUGAGAUCAUCGGGCAGGUGUAUGCUGACCCUGACUGCCUCCCUCGCACACUGGAUUUUGGCCUCAAUGUAAAGCUGUUCUGGGAGAAGUUUGUUCCUGCCGAUUGCCCUCCAGCCUUCUUCCCUCUGGCUGCCAUUUGCUGCAGGCUGGAACCAGAGAGCAGGCCCCCAUUUUCAAAGCUGGAGGAUUCCUUUGAAGCCCUUUCUCUCUACCUGGGAGAACUGGGCAUCCCCCUCCCUUCCGAGCUGGAGGAGCUGGACCACAAUGUGAGCAUUCAGUAUGGGCUGAGCCGUGACAAGCUACCUGAAAACACAACCUAGGCGGCCCAUCCUGUGAUCUGUGCUACUUUUCAUUGGAUCCUAUACGAGUGGUGUGGAGGGGAGAUGUACUUCGGCCACCUGCAGGGCAUUCAGAGGGCACCAACUGCAUACUUGGUGCAUCACCUCUCCCUCCCCCAUGAAACUAAACCGCCAUGUCUGUUUGAUCUCCUGGUUUCACUGUGGAUUUAUGGCACAUUUUGCAAGUGAAAAGGGCUAUUUCCUGCCUGCUGCACCAAGGAGAGCUGCUCAACACAACACAAUUCUUUGGGGCCUGUCUGGCUUUGUAUCACUGUGGUGCCUUAGAACUUGACAUGUGACUGUAAGCUGUGAAAUAGUCCUGGCCUAUCUGCCAGGAAGGGAAUCACUAUAGGAAGUCUCCUUUGUUAGGAACUGCUUUUCUGGAAUCACUUGUCCCAGACUUUUAGUGACUGUGCUCUCCUUGGAAGACCUGGAAUACACUAGAACUAGGAAAACCAGGCACCUGGCAAAGGGCUUAGUCAGGGACUCCAUUGCUUUUCUACAUGUCAGGGUGGGAGUUCCCGAGCUGCCUAGGGAUUAGGAGAAGCUCUAGGAAUUGAGGGGAGCUUGAACGAAAUGGUUGUGGUAUCAUGUCUGUGGGUAGAAUUUGUCUCAGUUAGUGUAGUUCACCCUCCAAGGCCCUGUUCAGAAACACUACAGCCAGUGAAAACUGGGCUUUGCUCACCCUCCUGAUGUGAAUGAGGCUGUGCUCUGAGUCCAGAGGGUAAGAAGGGGGAGACUGAGUGGUUCUCAGGUAUGCUUUUAACUCUACCAACACCUUCAGCUACUGACUCCACACAACCAGUCCCCCAGGCUGGGACCUCAGAGCAGGCAAAAGGACACAAGUCUGAAUGCCCAGAACUGCAGCAGCACUCUGAUCCUGAUGUGCUGUAUAAAUGGGAGACUUGUCCCCAAAGAGCUUGUGCCUGUUUCUGGGCAUUUGGCCUGGUGCAGUGAGAUACAUGCCUCAUAAUGGUGGCAGAAUAUACCUGGUGGAGAGCUGAAUAGCUCUAUGCUGAGGCAUUUGGCUUGGACUAGGUGAGUGUUUGACAUGGAUAACCCUCAUGAGCAGAAGGAAUUUGAGGGCAUGCUGAAAAGGUUACUCAAGGACAGAUGCUAGUGAAUUGGAGUCUCAUGUCUUCCGUCCUCUCCGUGUACUAGUUGGAGGAUUCGUAAUUCAGUAGCUAUUACUGCCCUUCUCCAGCAAGACCUGCAGUGGAGGGGAGUCCCAUAAGUGUGUCUGCCACUCAGUUAUCUGUUCUGGAGCCCCUGACACAGAACUUGGUCUCAUUCUCCAAACAGAAUCCUUCUCCAGAGACAUGCCAUGCAUGGAGGGAAGAGAGCCUGGGGAGGGAAGGAGGCAGCAUAUUCACUGAGGCUUUGAACUGGGGCAUUAGAGGGAAAUGUAGGAGGAAGGAAACCGCUUCCCCAGUAAUAUGUGGCUGGUGCUACCUAGUAAAAGGCUGGCUGCUGAGUCCACUUGAGUUCCAUGCCCUCUUGGUAAAACUGGAUUCAGUCUCUGCUCUCCUUUGCAACCCCAUAAUCUACUAGUGAGGAAUGUGUGUUAAUGUUUGUUCCUCUAUUCCCUAAGGCGUUGGGAAUAUGUGAAAACCUGGCCAUAGAAAUUACAUGGGAUCAGCCCUCAUGUCUGUCUUAAGUUGGUUGUGUUUAAUUUGUAUGGUGGUGGUUUUAGAAACAGGAAAGUCCUGUGCUGUGAGCCAGUGGGGGAGUUGUCAAUUGGGUCCGGUGGAUUCAGGCAUUCUGAUUGUUACAGGACUUUCUUCCUACUACUUAGUAGGAUGGGGAAACUCAAGGGAGGGCGUCCUGGGUGAUGUGUGGGUGGGGAGACUUAACUCCAUGUGAUUGCACAGCACAAUGUUUGUUGA